AUGUUGGAGUUUAUGGACUAUAUUCAGCAUGCAUUCUAUAACGUCUCGGGCUGGAACUAUGAGAACUCGUACUCUCAAUUAACUGCUACUGCUAGAGCACUGCUGGACUUCGAAACUCCUCGUGGCCUAAGACUUAACCUGUCGUCCCUCUCUUCUCCCAAUUUCGCAACUUCAUACGCCAUUGGUAGUGUAGGGCUCGUUGACGGCUCUCUCUCAUACCUCUAUACCUCUCUUCCGCUACAGACAACCUCCCAAAGUGGAAAGAUAGAUCUUCAUGAUGUUAUACAUGGCUACAGACAGAUCCAAGAGCUGCGCAGGCCAGAAGAAUCGUGGAUGUGGGAAGAAUGGCAGACAGGGAAGCGGACAGACAAGCGGGAUUCCUUAUUAUAUGGACGACUCUACUUACCCCAGAGUACGCUGGAAGCAUUGUAUCUACGCCGAAUUAGUCCAACACAGCAAUUGAAGCUGUCAGCUGUCAGUGAUGGUCGAUUACGAAAUGGCGGGACGAUUCUCGCGCUCCACCAGUACGAUACUGGGAAAUACAGCGCAGAAACCCUCUAUUCUACGGACGGAGGACUGCUUGGACUUCGAGGGCUCUACAACUUUGGUCCAGAUCCUCGGAAAGAGAUUACUGAGCCUCCGCGCACCGAAGAUCGAUUUUAUGGACGCUUCAGUGCUGGAGCAGAGAUGUAUUAUGGGUCAUUGAACAAGUCCGGAGGCGUGAGCUUUGGUGGAAGAUUCGCUACGUUGCCUGCUCAUAAGGGGGUACCUUUGACUGCAACAUUGACGUUAAAUCCGCUGAUGGGAAAUCUGAGCACCACCUACACGGUGAAGGCUGGGAAGAAUCUGGCUUUGUGCUCCAAGUUCGACUUCAAUGUUUACAGCUAUGAGAGUGAAGUCAAGCUUGGAUGUGAGUUGUGGAGAAUGAAGACCCGAAUUCCGAAAGAGAGAGAACGGAGCAUUGCCGCUAAGCUGGAAUGGAGGCUUGACCCCAUUGAACAGAAUCUUGCCCCAGAGCCAGAGGAGGUUGUAGGGGUCCUGAAAGCGCGGGUGGACCAGAAUUGGAAAAUUGGGCUAUUGUGGGAAGGCAGGGUCAAGGAAUUGCUGUUCACCCUCGGAUCUUCCAUUGAUAUGAAGAGAAAGGACCAGCCUUUCAGGGCAAUUGGGUUGGAAAUACAGUACUCGUCAUGA